AAUAUUUUCAUUUUUAUUCCGACCACAAGUAUUUUAUCGGGAAAUCUCUUAUUUCUAUCGUGUUAAGAAAUUGUAGGAAAAUACACAAACUUUACUAUUUGAUGAUGAUAUUUAUAAAUUGUGGAGCAAUGAAAUAAGGUCAAAAAAGUGUAAAUACUCAGAAAACUGAUUCAACCGCUAGCGUUAUAUCCAAUCUUACAAGCUCUGUGAAGUAGGUUCUCUUAAUCAUUCAAUUUUGCAACAUUGUGCUAACUGUUGUGUGUAUCAAAGAUCCUAUAAUUAUGAGUGCGGACGGUUCUUCCAUACGCUUCAGCGACCACACAUUGGACAAAGCAACAAAAGCUAAAGUAACAUUGGAAAAUUAUUACAGCAACUUAGUAACUCAAUACGGAGAACGCAAACAACGUCUAGCUAAAUUAGAGGCUCAGCUGAAGGAUGAAAGUCUAACGGAAUCUCAAAGACAGGAGAAAAGGUUACAACAUGCCCAAAAAGAAACAGAAUUUUUACGUCUGAAAAGACUGCGGUUAGGAGUUGAGGAUUUCGAAGCAUUGAAAGUUAUUGGAAGAGGAGCGUUUGGGGAAGUGCGACUAGUACAGAAGAAAGACACAGGGCAUGUGUAUGCUAUGAAAGUGCUGCGUAAAGCUGAUAUGCUGGAAAAGGAACAAGUGGCUCAUGUCCGCGCCGAACGUGAUGUUCUUGUUGAAGCAGACCACCAAUGGGUAGUUAAAAUGUACUACAGUUUUCAGGAUCCUGUUAAUUUGUAUUUAAUUAUGGAGUUCUUACCGGGUGGAGAUAUGAUGACCCUCCUAAUGAAAAAAGAUACUCUCUCAGAAGAAUGCACGCAAUUCUACAUUAGUGAAACGGCAUUAGCAAUUGACUCAAUACAUAAAUUGGGAUUUAUUCAUAGAGAUAUAAAGCCGGAUAAUUUGCUUCUCGAUGCACGUGGACACCUAAAGCUUUCUGAUUUCGGACUGUGUACGGGAUUGAAAAAAUCACAUCGCACCGACUUUUACCGGGACCUUUCACAAGCUAAACCAUCCGAUUUUAUUGGAACAUGCGCCAGUCCAAUGGAUUCAAAAAGGAGAGCAGAAUCGUGGAAACGGAAUCGUAGAGCUUUGGCAUACAGCACUGUUGGUACACCUGACUACAUCGCUCCUGAAGUAUUCUUACAGACUGGUUACGGACCGGCUUGUGACUGGUGGUCAUUAGGCGUAAUAAUGUAUGAAAUGCUAAUGGGUUAUCCACCAUUUUGCUCUGAUAAUCCCCAAGAUACAUAUCGCAAAGUGAUGAACUGGCGGGAAACGUUAAUAUUUCCACCGGAAAUACCAAUAUCCGAGGAAGCAAAAGAUACCAUUGUCAAAUUCUGCUGCGAAGCUGACCGCCGUCUAGGCUCACAGCGUGGUCUUGACGAUUUAAAAUCUGUGUCGUUUUUCAGAGGAGUUGAUUGGGAACAUAUUAGAGAGCGUCCUGCAGCUAUACCCGUUGAUGUGCGUUCUAUCGACGAUACGUCCAAUUUUGACGAGUUCCCUGAUGUUUCACUCGAAAUACCAUCUGCCCCUAUACCUCAAGGCAGCGAAAUAGCCAAGGAUUGGGUGUUCAUUAACUACACAUUUAAGCGCUUUGAAGUACGAAAUUUGGAAUGAAGUUGCUGUAUGAGCACUGCUACGUAGAUAUAAUUUAUUAAAUUUGAUUCAAUGAUUUAAUAUCGAAAAUUGUAUUUAUUGAGUUUAAUUAGACCAGUGUGCAUAAAUAAUUAAUUUUAUUCAUACAUAAUAAUUAUUUCCAACUAAUAAGUGUUAGUGUAGUGGACAGUUUGUGAUGAUUAUUUCAAAUUAUAUUGUAAGUCUUGUUUAAAACAUGUCUUUGAAAGGUAUAUAUCGUCUAAAAUGCAAUAAUAAGGAUCCAUAAGUACUAGGUAAUUUUUUUUAUUGGUUACCUUUCACUGCAUAUUACAUAUGUAUAUGUACAAAAUUUUAAACUUUAGCUUUCAGAUAUAACCAAGUUAUAAACAUUUCAAAUAAGACUAGUUUCCUUCUCUUGUAAACUAAUGAGAAUCUAUUAUCUUGUAUUUUAGAUCACGAUUUGCUCUCUUUUAUCAUAGAUUUUUUUUUGUUUUCAAUACAAACAUAUACAUAAUUUUGAUUCUAAAUUCAUUCAUAUGGGCUUAGUAAACAAAAACUUCACAAAUUAGUGCGCAAUAUUCAUAAUUGUUGAAGAAUAUUACUAACAAAAAUAUAUUUGACUUUUUAUUAAUAAUUCUAAAAAUAUUAAUAUGUGUAUUAACUGAUACUUAAUAUAAAAUAAUGUUUAAUUUUCGCUUAUUUGCUAGAUGUUACGUAUAAAAAUGUUAAGAAAUGGACUUAUUGUCUGCGAAAAAUUUUAAAUUAUUUUUGGUAAUGCAUAGAAAUAAACGAUAGAAAUAUGAUAACAAAAAUAACGCAAUAUAAGAUGAAUGUGAAUUUGCAAAAUACAAGCCUUAAA